AGUGUAGGGAGAUGCAGGGACUCACUAUGAGGGGGAACUUUGUUACUAUGAAACUUAGGACUAUUUGCAAAAUAUUGUAAAAAUUACCAAAAUCCCUCGUGAAUCCAUAACCUGCCCCUAGGGUGUGAGGUUUUUAGUUUAGUUUGCCCGGAAAGGGCCUCUACACUCACUAUUCUUACACUUUUUUGAAAGAAUGUGUGAGACAGACAGUUAGCCAGCUAGCUAGCUAGCUGAGAGGUGAUACAGGCGGCAGGAGAACAAAAGAUUUUUUUUGCGUUUUGACCGGUUGUACUGACACCAAGUCCAUGCAGAACGUGUCAUUACCAUCACAAUGCCCGUUUUACUUUUUCUGAUAGACACGUCCGCUUCAAUGAACCAGCGCACCCAUCUGGGCACUACCUAUCUGGACAUAGCAAAAGGCGCUGUUGAGACUUUUAUGAAGGUACUGUAACCACGGGACACAUUCAUAUUGGGAGAUCCCGAGCGGGAUUGUACUGUUGCAAGCUCGCCUGUCAAACCUGAUCUCUCGAUAAAUAAUUGUCUACUAUUUCCACAGCUCAGAGGGAGAGAUCCGGCGAGCCGAGGGGACCGGUACAUGUUGGUAAAUUUUGAAGACGUUCCGUUCGGGAUAAAGGUAGAGUUUGUUUUCGGGUCAUGUCCAGCUUUACAUUGCGCAGAUUGACUGUCCCUCCAUCGCUCCACCACGUUGUGAUCACUACAUCAAUUGUGUAGAGGAAAUCUUCAGGAGGAGCUUUCAUACCCCUUUUAAAACAUGGCCGACAUUUUGUUUCAAUGUGAGCAGCAAGGAACUCUGGGUGUUAUUUAUACAGCGAGGUGAUAUCUGGGGGGAGAAGGAGGAGGAAGAGGAGGAGGAGGAGGAGGGGGUGACAGACUAGCUUACUUUACUUGUUUAGACCAAAUUGUCACUUGAGUUACUGCACAUUACGCUACUUUGUAAUUCUCUCUCACAAACAUCGGUGAGGACGGCUGCAGUGCUGUCAAACACUGGCUUGUUAAAAAGAAGUGACCUACAUCAUGUUUAUCAUAAAAAAUGACAACAUUAAAGUUAACCAUUAACUUCAGCUGAUGUUAUCAAGUGGUCACAACAGUGGGGUGCUUAUUUAAUCUCAUCCCAGUUGUAAUUAUGAAAUGCUUUGUCUUUGUUUUCUUCCCUUUUUCUAUACAGGCUGGAUGGAAAGAGAGUCAUGCCACAUUCAUGACAGAGCUGAGGAACCUCCAAGCAACCGGACUCACAACUAUUGGCCAGUCUUUGAGGACCGCUUUUGAUUUACUCAAUCUCAAUAGAUUAGUGACUGGGAUAGACAACUAUGGACAGGUAUGUAGUACCAAAGAGGCAGGAAAUUAGGGUUAUAAAGAGUUAUGAAAAAGUUGCUAAAUAGCCCAAACAGACCCCCUUUCACCCACUCGCUGCUCCCCUUCCCCUACUCCCAGUCUUACAAGCAUCAACCACCUGCAUACUGUGACCCCACACACUCUCAUGACACAAAUAUAACAGGAGGAAAAAGUGCAGGAGAGAUAAAUAACUUAUUUUUUACUUGAGUAACUUUUAGUAAUCUCACCAUCAACCUGGUGACAGGAGGAAAAAGUGCAGGAGAGAUAAAUAACUUAUUUUUUACUUGUGUAACUUUAAGUAAUCUCACCAUCAACCUGGUGAUUUAAGCUUGUGUUUCAUUAUCUCGUACUCAGAGUUAUGAAUUUAAAAUACUAUAAUUUAAAUAUAACCUAAAAGUGAAAAUGGCAUUUAAAGAAACGAUGUGCAAAAUUAAUUGCAUUCAACAAAACAGGCUUGGUAAAACUAGAAAACUCUACCUGUGAGUUUAUUUAAAUUAUGUUUAAUCACUUAAAUAUAAUAUAUAAGGAUACAUAUUUUUUAAAUUAAAGUGAGCUUCUUAUAUCUUCAUGCAAUAAGACCCCUUUCCACCGAGUCUACCAUCCUAAACCUCAAUGUUUCUCUACCUUCACGGCGCAGACAAAUUAGUAACACAUGCGUUGUUGUGUUAUCAGUUAAGUGGCAGCCUGAAAUGCACUAGUUUUAAGGCUAAGGAGAAGAUAGUGGUGUUGUGCACAAAAGAAUUUGUGUUGAUGGAUAAUUUUGAUAGCAAAAAAAAAACUUGACAAAUGGAGGAUUGUACUCAUCUUGCAUCACAGCAACUUUUUGUCUUCAAAGGCCACCAUCCUUUUGCUUACAGGAGGGGUGAGCAAGAGGAGAGCUACUGUCUACAAUCUGACUGCUAUUUACUUUGAAAUUUUCAAUUUUUAUACGCUGUACCUUUAAAUUGAAACAUAUUCCUGUAGCCUAGAAGGGGAAAAAACGAUUUAAAAGUAUUAGCUGUUAUGCUCUUAAGUUUUAUUUGUUAGCAGCAUCUAGUUAACAAUGCACUCUAACAUAGCAGAUCUCUGUGAGGGUUACCAGUCUCGGCUUUUUACUGUUUCUGAGAAGUGUUGACCCACAUUGAAAGUGCAUCGUGUCGUAUUUAGCAGAUCAGACUUGGUAUAAAUGGCGUAUAAAAUAAUAUUUAAAAUAGUGUACCUGUUGUGAGUCAAAAGACAAGUAGUAGAAAAAGAGAGCGGUUAUCAUGCACAAAAAUUUAGUUAGUGCUGACUGACAUUUUGAAGGUUUAAACUUGACAAAGGGAGGAUAAAAGUUAAAUGUACCACCAUGUUACCAGGGGCAAGGUGGGGUUACCAAGGUGACGUUUCAGUCCAGAAUCGAAACACUAGAUAUCACAAAAUGUUCUCAUAGUAAAGUUAGCAGUGCUGUUGAGUUGUAUUUUUUUUUGCCUCGAGAGGUUUUUCUGUUAUUUCGGUGACCUUAACUGGCAUGAAUGAGGUGAGAUGAAAUUUCGAGACACUUAUAAGUAUGAGUCCGCCUUCUGAGAUAACCUUAAAUGUCAGUCAGCACCUUUCAAAAAAUGAAAAAAAUGUAGCUUUGCAAAUUUUGUGAGGGUAUGAUUAAUAGCUUGGCUGCCUUUUUGUUGAAUGGACUACUUUUUUCAUGGGAGACCUUAAAAAUGGCAAAAGAGCUACUUUUUGCUUGGAGGGAACGGCUUUAAGUUGAAUUUUUCUGCUGCCUGCUGCGCCUGGUGAGCAGAUUGUCAGACUUGGAAAAAGUAUAUAUAUUUUUCAAUUUGUGUUGCUGGUGGUGAGAUGUAGACAGAUCUGUAAAGGUUCUGCAGCUGGGAUCAUUUUUCUAUUCAUGUCAGGAGCAAAUGGGGAUUAACCUCACAAGAAAGUCUCUGAAUAAUUUAUAUAUUCUCUACCCUAGAUUACAUUUUUUUUGUACGCUCAAAAAAGGCGUUUCACAGCUCAAUCAGAAAUGCACUUUAAGCCACAAGUCCUCAGUGUUAUGAACAUUUAGCUGCUCAAAUCAGCCAGAACUUGUGAGUUCGGAACAAGUCUCUCCUCCAGCUGAGCGGCAGAGUCGAUUCACAGCUGGAAACCUGCAUUCUCAUAACAUUAAUUGUGGCUGAAUACGGAAAAACAAAUCCUCAUUGAGCCCACAAAGUCUGUAACUAAUUCAGUAUGGCUGGCCUUCUUCCAGAAAGUGCCGCCUAAUGACAUCACCAGUUGAAGUCUCUGUGGUCAAAUUUCCAGUUCGGGGAGGUAGUAGUCGAAGAAAUAGCUGUGUGAGAUUGUGUUUAUGGUUUGAAACACAGAUUUAUCAGCAAUAGAUGACAAAACUGUCUUUCAGUGUGUUGUUACAAAAAGUCAAGAGGGGUUCUGCCCUGAUUUAGCCUUGUGAGGAAGAAAAAAUAAACAAAGAAAGUCCCAGACAUGUAAGAUUUACAAAUAAGAUAGCCUCUGCUACGCUUACAGGAUGGUUACUGUUGAUUGACGAGAUGAGUCCCUAUCUUGUUAACAUACAAUCUGGACACCUGUUGAGGUAAGGAUGAGGAUGGGAACACUAGUAAACAUAGCUGACAUCUCGUGGGUAACAAACAGGAGAUCCCACUGUCUACGUAAUACAUGCUGUUCAUACAUACAUACAGCAUACAUAAUGCAUGUUAAGGCACCCUCGGGGAGUUUGAAUGUCAAAUGCCAUCAACACUGUCAAGCUGGCAGCAGUAAAAUGAACUCAGAGGGCCUGAGAGCAUACACAUGCAUACACACACACAAACAGCUCUGUGCUGAGGUUAAGGUUACUGUGUCCUGCAGUGGUCACUGCUGACCUCUAAUGACUGGCUGAUUUAACUGUUUUUUUAUUUAUUUAUUUAAUGACCCGCUCUCUCCUCUCUGCCCUAUUCAGAGCUGAAAUAAGGUCGCUUUCAGAACAGGUGACACAAUCCCUGUUACACUCCAACCUAACUUUGACAUUAUAACCCAUUCUGUAAUUACCAGAAAGUGCUUUAUUUGCUUAUUAUACCCUUUUCAAAAAGAGUGGUACACUGAUGAAAGACUGAAACUUGCAAUUAUAUUCAUAUUCAACUCUUAUUUUGUUAGAUUUGUAGCUCAAACUACAAAGAAAUUCACUUUAUCAUUUAUAUCUGAAAAAGAAAAGUGCCAAAUUCUCAUGUGAGAAAAGUUAGACUCACAACCCAGCAUGUAUUCAGAAGUUCACAUUCAUCUAAUCCCACACCCUUUCUUCCUCUGGUUAUUCAACUUUCUUUUGAGGAGGUUAACUACCUUCGUCUUUUAAAACUAAUCCAGUUUUAUAGUUUUAAUUGUUGUCUAUUUUUCCCGAAAAUAUACUGUUAAAAUUAUAUCAUUAACAUACUUUUUACCAAUUAGUUUUAAUUAAGAAAGCAUAUAUAUAUAUAUAUAUAUAUAUAUAUAUUCCUUGUUCAUGUUUAACCCCCCCCCAAAAAAAACCCACUAUAUUUUUAAUCAUAAUUUAUUCCUUCAUUUAUUAUUUAUUUUUAUGUAUUUUUAAAAACUUUUUUAUUAAUUAUUUUUUUAUUUUAUUGAUUAAUUAUUCUUAACAUUAUAUUUUGACUUUAUAUAUUAACUUCAUUAACCUUAUAUUUUUAUUGUUUCAUUGAUUUUCAAAUCUCUAAUUCCUUGUUAGUAAUUUAUUCAAAUGAAUUUAUCCCUGUUAAACUUAACCCCUAAUUUAAUUGAAAAUGGUGCAGAGAAACAACUUUGAGACUGAAAAUGUAUAAAAAGCAUAUGCUCAUUUUAAAUUUGUUGCCAGCCUCACAUUUCAAAACAACUAAGAAAGGAGUAACAAAUCAGUAAAAAUGUCGUGUUGCUAAAAAAAAACUUGAGUAGCAGCUCACAACUAGUUUGGUCUCUUUUCAAUAUAGAUAAUGUGUUAUAUUCUUUUAAAAAAACAUUUAAUUUUACAGUUUCAGCAUCAAUUAUGUUGUCGUUGCACUAUUUUCAGGCAGAGUUUAAAUGAUUUCCAAAUCAUAAAAUUCUGUUUUUUUAUCAACGUUUGACACACUCUCCCUGUUGGUGGCAGUUUUGCUGCUUAUCAGCUCAAUGAAGAAAAAAACAUUGUUGCUUAUGUUCAGUGUUUUAUGACUUCACCAUUUUAAGCAUUACUUUACUAUUGUGAGCUGCUUACCGCUUUUUUUUUUUUUAACCUUUUCUGCCUUUAAAUGAAGCCUUACUAAUUGAUUGUGAAAGAUUUUUUAAGUGAGGUUGAACCAGAGUGCAUCAGCAUUAGAUUUAUUUACAUAUGAGCAGAUAAUGUGCUUAACUUUUCUGCUAGUUUUAAUAUUGGGGAGUCGGUACAUGCUUUGUUUAUCAGUGCUGUGGUCGCUGGAUAAAUGCAGGGUCUUGGGUGCAGAUGCUUGCGAGAAAGCUAAUUUCCUCCUAGACAAAGAGACCUCAUCAGGUGCAGCUCUCUUUACUCUGAUCAGUCAAAUAUGAGAAAGCUUCAGUCAGCCGUCUGAUGACUUACACACACUUUCUGUCUGCGUUAUCUCAGUCAGUUUUUCUUCCUCAGCUGUAAAUCAAAGCGACGAGGAGGCUUUUGAUCAGCUGGUGUUUUCUAUCUGAAGUGUCCCGCUUAAUAAGUCAUCAUGGUCUGCUUUUGUUUUUCCUCUUUAAUUCAUAAAGAAAAGUCGACUUUGAUAUUCAUCCUUGAGAUGUUCAGUGGGGCAGAGAGGGAGACGACAAAGGGGGAGUCGGGCUGCUGUGGAGGAGUUAAUAUUGCCCUGGAGGGCUUCUUGCUACAGUAACAAAGAACCCUCCAGGUUGCCAGGCAUCUGAGAUGACUCUCCCCUGGGAGUUGAAGAGAAGCAUGGAGGUAGAGAGCGAGACAGGCAGCAGGGUAAUCCUGACACUGAUCAUGCUUUCAUUAAGCGAACAGCAAAGGAGGGAGAAGACGGGGGAGGAAAUGAUAUGACCGGUGAUGUUGGGUCGUAAGUUAACUUGUCAGAGGGGUGAUAAACAGAGUAUUAAUGGAGCUCAGCCUGUCUGCCAUUAUGUUAACUGACCAGAGAUCCUCAUGUAGGACAACCUGGCUGACCUAGCUGCCUGUCAGCCACAGAUAAUCCAAGCUAGGGUUUCAAAUGAUUCUACAUUUACAGUCUCUUUUGUAAUUAUGAGGUCUGUUAGAUCGCUCAAAAAGCCAUCCUGAUUUCCCAAGAGCUUAAAAAGUAUCAAAUCGCUUCAUUUUUUAAUGACCCCAAACCUAAAGUUGGCUUUCACUGAAAGAUCCUGUGAGGAACUCGUGGUUUGCUUUGAUGUUGGUAUCUUUCAUCGCUUGUUUUGUAAUAUGAAUUUAUGAAUUUAUUUCACAAAAAUUUUCCUCUCCAUUUCUGUAACCGUUAAAUUGAUCGCUUAUAAAAUACCUUGCGGGUGAAAACACAAAAGUUUGUUUUUGUUGCAUGCUGUAGAUCACCAAAUUUGACACGAGUUAAAGUUUUAGGCAUAAAAUAAAUUGAUAAAAAUACCCCAAAAAACCCUGAAUUAAGUGAAGCGUUUAAUUUCUGUCCUUAUUUAUAUCCACUCUAAAAUCUCUUUCUGUCUGUUUGUUGCGCUCUCUGUUUCUCUUUGUCUUUGGCGUCAUCUUACCAUUGUCAUUUAUUUUAGACCAAGUGCCCUCCUAUAGUUUGUUGGCAUGGUUGUGGAAGAGUAUGUAUUGAUAAUAGUAGAUUAGAGCUGCCUCUAAUACAAGUCUGCUUCAUAUAAAGGCCUGGUACCUUCUGCAGUUUUAGCAAAUAAAGGCCCUGGUUUAUAUCUGAGAAUUUAUAGUAGUUUAUCUUUACACCGUGAGGCUUGUUUUUGUUUUGAGGGUCAUCAGGAGGCACUUCAUUAAUCUCACUUAGUUUUAUAACCACCAAAAUACUCCUCACAGGAGCUUGAUUGAUUUCACAUCUCUCAUCAAAGCAUGUAGCUCAAAAGGUUUCAUAAAACUAUAUCACAGCAACACCACUAAAAACAGAAAAUUAAGGUGGAAUUCUAUAAACUAUGAUAAUGGAAAAAUAGAUGUGUACUAAUCCACGUUUGAGGACUUGUAUCUAGAUCUUAACUUGAAUAUUUUUGCUUCAACUUUGACUUGAACAACGUGUCAGAAUAAUUUAUGACCUUUUUCCUGUUACGUUUUCAUCUCUGAACAUGACAGACUGCCCAAAAAUCCAAUUUCACUAGCUGUCCUUUGACUUUUCUAAGCACCUUUUAAAGGACUGAGAAAAAAAGAAGUAUCAGUUUUAAAACACAAGUUUUUACUAGUAAUUUGAUGAAUGUGUUGAUCAUUUCUUAUUUUAUCAUUUAAUCUGACGGCUCAGAAACUGUAUCAAAUCAAUCCCAAAUGCCAAAAAUGAUCUAGAUAUCUUUUUCAUAAAACUUAAAAUCCAAGGUUAUUAGUUUGCUGUCACAUAAGAUGAUUGAUCAGUCCUAAAUUUGACCCUGAAAAAAUCAGUAUUCAGAAGAGCAGCUACAUCAUUAAUUUUCCGUUGUUGUUUUAAUUUUAAGUACUGCAGUUUACCAGCAUGUAAGACAACCAUGAAUAAGAUUACUGAGGUCGAUCUGACUGCUGCUUUUUAUCAUCAAUAUGGACUGCUGUGAUGUCCCAAAGUCUCAUUUUCGUAGCUGUUUUUGUCAUGUAGGGGCUGAAGAAACGAGCCAAAUGCCUAAUUGCAUAGCAACAGUAUCAGCUAAGUGAGCUGAUGUGACACAGAUGAAAUCAUCAUCACUCGUCUGGCAACUUUAGCCCCAUCACCAACUCAUUAGCAUGCCAAGAAAGUGCUCGAUAUCAUAAAGGGAUUUUGGGUUGGAUGGGGAAAAAAUCAGCCAGGUUGUCAUGGAUACCUCCAGCAGAGUGGAUCUUGGUCGCAUCCUGCUCUGUUUACUUUGGUCUGUUUGUGAAAGUGGACAGAUUCAUCAUUCAGCACAAACCACAGCCUACAGGUAGGGUCCACACUGAGCGGGGCCACAUCCAUUAAUAAUCACACUGCUGUCAGAAACAGGACGGUGUUUAUGGACUGAGUGUGUGUGUGUGUGUGAGAGACUCUGCAGUAAGGUCUGCUCCGUUGACUGUUUGCUGACAGGACACGUCGACCCGAGUUGAGGUUUUACGCUCUUAACUCACCAAGUUAUUCUUUGGCCUCCGUGGAGCUCCCACAGGGCUGAAGCACGGUGAUAAAUGUGCUGCUCCACUUUCAUUUUAUCAGUGUGCAGGGCUGCUGUCAGGAAACACUGUGAGGUCUAUCAGGAAAAGGAGGUUUUAAAAGUAGAUCCUCAGGUAAAGUACUCUGCCACACACUGCAGAGAUGCCAGAGAUAGUCUCAAAUCUAUCAAUAUAGUCUCUUAAAGACUGCACUCUUACUUUCUUUUUAUUACCUCUCAGAGUUUCUCUUUUUUACUCUCCCACCGAUUUAAAAUAAAUCCUCCACAAGUUCCCUAUUUAAUGAUACAUCACCUGCGCUCAUUUAUGCCUCUGAUUUUCAACUACUACAAAUACACAGCUGCUUGGUUCCUAAAUGGAGUCAAUUCACGUCUUCUCUUCUCAGUUUAACUCAUUUGCUUCUUUCUAAAUUAAUCAGGAUAUAUUUUUCUUCUUUAAUUUCAGGGAAGGAACCCCUUCUUCCUUGAACCAGCCAUCAUUAUCGCCAUCAGUGACGGCAGCAAGUUGACCAGCAGCAGCGGCGUCCAGGACGAGGUCAGCCAAAAACCUACUCAGAGGCGAAGGGAUGUCGGCCAAUCAGGAGCGCCUCCUGUUUGCCUGACCUCCUAACACUCAAACAUAUGUUCUAAAACUAAAAAAAACUAGCUCCUAUAAAGCUCUCUCCAUCUCCUAUUAUUAUUCUUAUCACUAUAAAGACUUAGAGCGUAGAGGUUAGGGUUUGCCUGAAGAACAUGAUUCAGACUUUGAGUUUGUCGCCUAGUCGGUUUUUACACAGAGGAAUUUGUUGUGAUGUUUUAGUGCUUAACAAUGAACAUGGUAUGUCAAUAGACGUAAACAAUAUAUAUAUAUAUAUACAUGAGUAGAAAGCCUUAUAUUCAUGUGGGAAGGUACAAGAUCAUGUCCGUGCAAAAACCAGCAGAAAUAAUUUAUGACAUAAAUGAUAACAAAGGCAUUCAUGUGAAAACCCACUAAAAAUCUAGUACCUAUAGCUAGAAUGUAAUCAUAAAAGGAAACUGUCCUUUUAUUUUAAUUUAAUUUUUUUUUAAAUAACGUGUUAAGAUUCACCCUGUGACCAUGAAACAUUCAGCAGCCCCACCCUCAAUCUGGGAGGAUAGCAACAUCUAAUUUAGAUAUCAUAACCAUAAAAAAAAUUAGUUCUGGUCAUUUUAAAGUUGGGAGUUGUUUUGUGAGUAGAUUGCUGUUAUUGAUGGAUGAUAAUGGACCUAAUAAUGGACCCUUUUGGUGGAUGGUAAAAAGAGUCCCGUAAAACUUCCCAAAGCCAAAGCUGCAAUAGUCAUGCUGCUUGUUUUAUCUCACCAAAAUCAAUAACCAAAAUGUCAUUAAAUUGCGUCAUAAAAGAUGGAAAAAACAGCAAAUAUACCCAUUCGAGAGAACCCAGAAAUUGAGCACAAUUUAAGCGACUCAACAAAAGUAAAUUGUUUUAUUCAGUUGGUUGAAUCCUUCCUCUUGAAGCUGAAAAAGAAAACCAUGUGAAAAGCCUUCUUGAUUUGUUAAAAAUUGUCACCUCUGUGGGAAAUUCACAAGAUAGAAAAGGAGAAAUAUUCAGCUGAAAGGAGAUUUCUGUGGCUCUGAAAUUUGUCGAGGUCAAACCCGUACAAUUAAACCUCAGAUUCUGCAGCCACAGUGUAAUUUAUAGCCUUUGUCAUAAUACCAGGCCUCCGCUUGUUCAGACAUGGAACAAGUCGCAAGAAAAAUAACAGCUCUCAGCCCGGUAAUUUGAAGGUCCAGGCCGCCUCAAAAUAAUGUUAUAAAGAAAGAAAAAAGGCAUAAGGCACUGAGAAUGAAUGUUUGUAAAGCAGUCUGAUGAGGUGCCUGUUCCUGUGCAGGGAUGAUGCAUCAAGACUACAAAAUCUUUUAAUAGCACUUGAAAUGGCCGUGGGUGUGUGCUUAAAAGAUUUGGGGAGUAAAUUAGUGUUUUAUCAGCGGACUGCUUUUGUUCAAAAGUGAAAAUCGGCAGUUAGAUAAUACACUUGAUUAAAAGCCUGGUAAAUGAAACACCGUGUGAGUUUUUCUUUAAAAUAUCCAACUCGGCGAUAUGAGAUGAAAGCUACUGUAAUAUACUGUAUACAGAAUCUCUACUCACAGAUCUUAAUUGUCUCUUCUUGGUUCAUGUCUACAUAUUAUCACAUUGUCAAUCACCCACACAUUAUCAUCUGAGUCACGGUUCUCUCUGUAAUCAAUGCUCAUUCCCCCGUCUCUCUCCUCUACUAGCUCCAUCUGCCUCUGACCACCCCGCUGCCGGGUAGUGAGCUGACCAAGGAGCCCUUCCGCUGGGACCAGCGUCUGUUCGCUCUGGUGCUGCGUAUCCCUGGCAACGCUUCGGUAGAGCCCGAACCCCUCGGUGGUGUCCCGCCAGAUGAUUCCCCAAUUACCCCCAUGUGUGAGGUCACUGGAGGUAGGCAGAGAACAAGUUGGCGUUUUGUUCAUUUAUGAUAUAUGUUUGGGUUAUUAGACAAUUGUGAUUUGAUAUUUUCUAACCAUUCUCCCAGUGUUUUUAUUCAAUUCUGUAACUAACAUCUAUUAAAAGCAGCUUGUACUUCAAGUCAAAAGGUUUUCCAACUUAGGAAAUAAAGGCAGGAAAAAAGGUCAAAAUAAAAGCAUGACAAACUAUCGUUUUAUGGGGCAAUGUCUUCUCCAUAGAGGUUUCAGCUGCAGGGUUGGUGAUGUGGAUGGAUCUUAGAUUAGGAAUCCUUAGAAACAAACGAUAACAUUUUAGUUAAUACCAUUUCUUAGUACAUUUUACAGAUUUGUAACAAUUAUAAGGGUAUAUUAUAUGAUUAUAAAUAUUAUUAUUGCUACUGAUUGUGUUCUUUUAUUCUUAAAUUUUCCAGAAGUAUCAUCAUAUCACGAUAUUUUAUGGCCAUGAUAAUUGUAAAGUGAAAACCUUGUAUCAAGACAGCAAAUUGACGUUUUGCUUCAAAUCAAACGGAAAUAGUUUGAGUUAUCUGAGACAAAACUCGACUACAUACUGUAUAUGUAAUGUACUUUUAAAUGCUACACAGAUUGUGCAAAAAAGGCCAGUGGUUCAGAGAUAAACUAACUUCUCAUUGAUGUGAAAUUGGGUCAGAUGCACUAAAAAGACGUGUAAAAACCAAGCACACAAAGAGAAAAAAAUUAAGUAAAAAAAUGCAUCAUUGGUACAAGAAAAUUCACCAAAAGACAGGGAAUCAAUUUAUGUUCCAAAUUUCCUGACUCCCCCUCUCAUUUUGCAGCCCGUGUAGGGGGGCUGUGGUUAAACUCCAAAUAUUAUUUUAUUGGUGUUUAUCAAACAGAAGAAGCUAAUGAUGCAGGUAUUUUUAUAUUUAAACAUGAAUUCGAACAUAUAUAUCAGUGCAGUCACAAAUCUAAUAAUCUUGCUCUGCACACUAUAUAUUCUCCUGAUUGUGGUUCUUUGUUGAUCACAUCCCUAAGCUAUGACUCUGUCUCCCCUGGCAAAGAUAUCAGGACUACCUCUAGUAGAUUGACUUCAUUAUUUUUGAUAGAAAACUUGUUCUGAAUUUAGGAAAUUGAGUUUCAGAAAUUACAGAUAUUAACAGGCAGGAAAGGUUUAAUGGGAGAUUCGGUUAAGUUGCAUAAUGGGAAUUGCAGGAUUAUAAGUGCUUCGCUUUUAGUGCCUGACCCAGAGGAUCUCUCAGCCUCUUCUACAUCCACUAGUCUUUGUUUUAUGUCUCUUUUAAGUCUCUGGACUUCCUUUUAGGAAGGCAAACUAUCUCUUGUAUUUGGGUAAACAAAAGACAAUAGCAGACUUUAUUCUGAUCAUUUAAGUCUUGUUGAACAAAAAAUACUACUGCAGCUUGACAUCAUUCUAUUGUCCUUAUUAGUUGAGUUGUUAACAAUAAUGUUUUUUCAGUCUGGUAUUGAAAAAGACAAUUACCUAAAAACAGUAAUUAAGCCACAUCUUGAAUUUGGUUCAUACACUUACAAAAAUGCAGUGUCAAAUAAAAGGAUUAUACAAGAAACUUGAAGCUUUUGUAGAGAAUAGAUAAAUUAUGUUUUGGAGAGAAACGGUCUUGAAAACUCAUGAGGAAUACUCUACUGGCUAACAUAAAGUCAGUUUAACAAAUCCUUAAACACUUGGUCUUUGGUUACCUGUACGUCAGAAUGUAUCAGCCACUCGUAGUAGUUCAUAGAGCGCUGUAAUGUGUUUUUGUUUUUGAUAGUCACUGACUUGUAAAUAGAUGUCAUUCAAACCUUAUUUUGGAAAAAACAUAAUAGACCCACUUCUCCUGGAACUGACACAAGCCUAAUUUCUACAGCAGGGCCUGCUGGAACAUGCUGGGACGAGCUCAAAGUAUUUAUAACAUGAGAUCAAAAUAGCUGUUUGUUAAAUGCAUUCUCUAGCAGCAGCUGAUGAAUCAUCUCGGUCAAUACAAAAACCGGGCAGAAUGAUGUGCUUGUUUUUAAUGGGGAAACUUAGUGACGGGGAAGAGAGAGAGAGAGAGAGAGAGUCUUGGCAGUUGUUGUUCUCUCCAGUGAGGGACACCCCCAAGCUCUGUCUCAGCAAUGUCUUGCUCAACAAUCAGAGUAACUUGUGUUUACAGGUUUGCUAGUUGGAGCGAAACGACCCAGUACAAACACUGUAGUUUCAACUUGCGAGCAGGUCUGCUGGAGCUCCUCUGGGGAGCUCAAGUGCUUCAUUCAAGUGCUCUUCAGGAGUUAUUGUUGAUUAAGGCUGGAAAGCCAAGAAUUCCCCAUCACAUUAAGAAACUUCAAAGCCCACUAAUAUACCUUCAAGUCGAUGAUCUUCAUUUGUUCAGAAAUUCAUACCCUGUUUCCUCACUCCCGGGUCAGGUACAACCAGUUAGAAGUGUUAUAAAAGGAGAAGAGUAUAACAAUGUCAUAUUGAUAUGCACUGUAGGAGUCAUAAUGUGGGCCAUGUCUGUGCUGAUUGUCAUGUUGUACUCAUUUUAUGGAUCAGAUUACUUUGGACUUGUUUGGACUUGUUUGGACCUGUUUGUGGUUUCAUUACUUUGAUCUGUUCAGUUGUGCAUUUAUAAUCAUACAAAGACAUUAGGGAGGUCUGGAUUUGCUCUGUGGACCAUUGUGGUCAUUUUUUAUCAUGCAUCAAUCUUUUGAUUGGAAAAACAGUUAAAGCAUUCCUAGACUUUGAUAUGAUUUAAAAUUGUGCAUCACUGUGUAGAAGCCUUUUAAGUUCCUGUGAGGAACUUUCCAGCUGGGUCGAUUUUGGCGCCCCCUGUGGACAAAGCAGUCUCUGCCUAUCUCAUCCUUUACGUGUUUGAAUAAUGUCCUCUAACUAAAAGUACAUAACUCAUUGCCAUGUAGGUGACUGUUGUGAGGGGAAAAAGAAAGAAGUAGCCCAUAUGCAGCUAAAAAUACAGAUUAUCAUAAACGUGCAUUUACUGGUGUACCCGCUGAUACCCAGUGCCAAUUUUCUGGGUGUAUCCUGAUAUCUGCCACCAGAUGUUGAAUUUAUUUUAAGCAGCAGCCUGUGGUGUUGAAAAUUGAAGGCAAUGCUUUUCUUGAUGCGAUGUGCAAAACAAAACUGCAGUUCCUCAAGUGUCCACAAGAGGCUGGCUCCUAAAGUCAAAGAAACCCCAUUCGAGCCCACAUUAAAACAACCAUUUUUACAGCAGAAAAAAAACAUGUUUACAGCCUGGUACAAAAAAAGUUUUGGUUGUUUAUAGCUCAUAAAUUUAUUGAUAUCAGCCCCACAGAAUAUUAGUUUUAUAUUUUAUUUCUUUCUGUUUUUAUUCGGGCUUAAAGUUUUGCAUAAUUAGCGGUUGUUUGACUUGGCUGUUUGCUAGGUGGUAAAGCUGUGUCCACAACUCCCCUCUUUGAGUUGUCUAGAAUAACCAGAGGUCAGUUGGAGUCAGCAUUUCUAUCUUUGGGCAGCAUUACGCCUCUUCAGACACCAAUGUGUGACAUCACUGCGGCUGUAUCCAUGUUAAAUAACGUCUCUGAUUUUAUUCUUCCUGUCCUCGUACUGCCUGAUUGUGGAAGUAGCCGCCAGGAGGAACAGACUAGAAUGAUGCUGAUGGCAGGUUAAGAUUAACACACCCUCUCUCACACUCACACAGAGGGAGGGCACAGAGCACACCAAAGCUCUGUCAGUGGUGGCUGAAUGCAGAUCAUGACACAGCUCCAUUGUCAGUGACAGUCUACAGUACAUGCUGCCUGUCCAGUACUGCUGAUGGCAGAGCUGACACAAAGCUGCGGCCUAUUGAAACCACUGAGUGAAUGGGUGCAUAACAAGGUCAUUACAGGUCAAGUUCGAGGUAGUGAAAGUCCAGAAGGCAAAAUUAGACAAAUCGGCUGUAUCUUUGUGAAACAGUGUGUUUGAUUAAUCAUGAGACCUUCACUUAUCUGUGACUGAUGCUAUGACUAAAUCAGAUUCAGAUAUGAAGAGCUGUGAUCAUGCAAAUGGACCUGCUUUGAAUGUUUGUGAGAUCCAGCAGAGGCUGAUAGAGCUCCAUAAAAAUGAAUUAUAUUAGCGGUCCAUUUCACAAUUAUGUAGUAGUGAUGCAGGAUAAUUACUAAUAUUAACCAAUAAAAGUUUAAGAGUAUAUAAUACUGAGAUGAAUGGCUAUACUAUUAAAUAUUGUGUUUGCAAUAGGAAGGUGUGACAAAUGUAAUUAGAUAAUAUAGAUAUCUCCUGUACAGAUAAACCACCGUGACCCCUGGUACUAUUACUCCAAGUGCAUCUUUAAAUCUUAACAUUAACCACAGUAUAGAUAAUCUAUAGUUGUCUGAUGGUUAUGCCAAAAAGUGUUCAACUUAAGACCAAUUUCACGUUUUUCAGGAUGAUUAAUUGAAGCAAGAGUCCUUCAAAUUCAAAGGUUUGUAGCGCUCCCAAGGCAACAGUAUUCUAAUCAGCCAAUCAGCAAGUCCAAUAAAAUUGAACUCAACAUUUUCAUUUAAAGAAAAGUCUAAACAAACAAGUUUUUAAAGUCAUCACUCCUAACAGAUUCAGAAAACAGCAGCAGCAUGAGGUCCUCCUAAGAUCCCUUUCACUCCUCUCUUGGCUUUUUCUUUCUUGCUCGACAGGUCCUGUCUCAUUGCUAGAGCUCGUAACAUGCCGCUGUUUGUGAUGGCUCUUUGUUUGCUUUCUUCAAUUCGACUGAUGUCUCUUUGACUCAGCUUCUUGUGUGUUUUAUCAUUCCUUGCUAAUGUAUGUUCUGUUUUAUUACAUUUUGUCUUCAUUUCUCUGCUAGUGAUUGGUCAACCUUUGACCAAUCAUUAUCCAUCAUUCAGAGUGUGUCUUUGUCUCUGUUGUCUCUGCUGUUUUUCAUGUGUAAACGUAAACACAAAUGAACCCAAAAAGUUUUAUUCGCCUAAUAAUUGUCACAAAUUAAUCUGAGGGUAGUUAGUAGCUAACUUAAGUUUCAUUUGACUGUCUCAUAAUUGUGUAAAAAGCAUAUCUAUUACACCAGAGCCUCCAUACAAUGAGUUCAAAAUACGCAAGUUGAGUGAAAAUGUAUCGCUUGAUUACAUAAAUUAUUUUUACAUUUACUGCAAUGAAUCGGCGCUUUUGUUUUGUGCUUAUUGCAAACACUCAUAAUGCAACAGCGGUGAGAUUGCAGUUCAUUGUGCAGGCCUGAUGAGCAUUGGUCCCAGUUUAAUAAGUCUGCAGAUAUGAAGGAGUGAUAACAAAAGGCUUUAAUUAUGCUCUCUGAUAUCACACAGUCUGAUACUGUUGUAAUACCUGUUUGGAGUGUAUUCAGAGGUGGAGAUGGAGGAUGUUUGUUUAUUUACCUCAGUGCAACUUGUGAAAUAGGUCAAAUUCACUGUGGGAGCACCAACCAUGCUGUCUGUGACAGGAUGAUGCAUCAGACAGUUUUAUUUAAAGAAGCCUCAGAAAUAAUCCUGUCCUAAAUCAGAGUUUUACUUCUGUUUGUGUUUUCCUUUUAGUUUCGAUCAAGUCUUGAAGAUGUGACUGACUUUUGCUCCACAAAGCUGUUCUAAUCAACAUGGUUUGCAUUAACUAUGGAUCAUGUUUACUUUGGCUGCGUGUGACGUGGAAGUGUUCACUCAUUAUGACGAACCCAAACAGAACAAUCAUCGGUCUCUGCAGUUCUCACAGCUGCAUGGAGCCUUCCAGUCACUUUAAACUCACUGUUUUGUUGUUAUGGCUCAUUUACUGUGUGAUUCAGCCUUAACCCUGCUCCUGUAGCAGCAGGCAAAUGUUUUCCAGUUCUGAUAAACCCGCUGAACGCUACCUGAGAGACAAAGUAAGAGAUGAGGAAAGAAACUUGAGAUUCCAACAGAGAGGUAGACGUUUAUUUUCCACAGGUGUUUCCUAAUCGAAAGGAAGAGUUUUAUUAUUUCACCCUAAUUCCUCAAGGACUACAAAUGUGAUUCCUAAUGAGCGAUAUUUCAUUUCUGGGUCUGAUGGUCCUUGUCUGAUAGUAACCAACUCACUCUUUCCAAAGAAAAACUGACAGGAAGAGAUAAUGUUGCUAUUUCAGCUUCGUCUACUGCCCUCUAGUGGUUUAAAAUUGUAAUGACCGCUGCCUGAAAGAAGUUGACAGCCAAACCCAUAAAGAUUACAGAGGAUUUAGCUUUCACUAGGAGAAUCGUUGCUUCUUUCGACAGUGUCUUCUUAACCACACUUUCAGGUUUUUAAUGGCUCCUGUUUGUCUUCUGGGCUUGUUCUGCAGGUCGUUCCUACAGCGUGUUCUCUCAGCGUAUGUUGAAUCAGUGUCUGGAGUCUCUGGUGCAAAAAAUCCAGAGCGGCGUGGUGAUUAAUUUUGAGAAAACAGGCCCUGACCCUCCUCCUUUAGAAGGUAAGAUACCUUUUGUUUCUCCCAAUGAAAUGUACUCCUGAUUCUGUUUCUAAAGGACCCUUUCUGACAGCUACGGCUCUGCACUGUCUGAUAAGUCGAGCUUCUCUUUACUCUCUCCCACUCACUGUUCUUUUUAAAUCCUCUUUCAGCUUUUCUUGUUUAUAAGCAUCUGCUGGAUGUCGCUUUUAAACCCCUACCUUCAAAUUUAAACUGCCCACACACGGCUACAGUUUCAAAAUCAUGUUGUUGUUGUUUUUCAUACCUCGAAAACACAACCCUUGUUGUCGGUAACCGCAGGAAAAUCAGCUGCUUCUGUUUGCCUGCAGAUGCUCCCCCUGAAGUGAUGAAGUCCGGCCCACAGCCGUGGCACUGCUGCCACAAGCUGAUUUACGUACGACCCAACCCUAAAACCGGCGUCCCCAUCGGUCACUGGCCGAUACCCGAGGCCUUCUGGCCGGACCAGAACUCCCCCACGCUGGUAAGAAACACUUAGUCACAAUUAAACAUUUAUGUAGUUUGACAACAUAAGCACCAUCUACAGCUUAAGAUUAAUGUAUGCAUACUCAUCCUGGACAUUUGCAGAGAUUUUUUUUUAUAGAUUUUCCUCUUAGAUAGCUUGUGUUUAGUCUCACAAAAUAAGCAACACAAACACAGAGAAAGUUGUUAAAGUGUGCUGGUCAAGAAACACUCAGGAGACGAGAAAAACAGUCUGCAGCUGGAUGGUAAUUCGCUGCGUUUAAACCUCAAUAAUAUUGUCAGCUAAAUGUCAGAACAACAGCACAUUGAUUAUCAAAAUUAACAAAGAUAAUACCUGAUUCACUUCAAAUCUGUUCAAAGUUCAUAUUCAGGAGUGAUCGACUUAAAAAAGAGACAGUCACCAGCAUGAAAGGUACAUUUAAUUGAAAGGUCAGAUAGUUCCCACUACAGUAUUCCAGUGAAAAGGGAAGUAGUGAGACCUGAAAGUGUCUCUCCUUCUAUACAUACAAUAAGUGCGGUGGACCUUGCUCUGUGAAGGCGACAGUGCCUCACUGUACACCUACUAUUAACACUGCAAAGGGAAUAAAGCUAUAUGAAUCUCUUGAUAGAUGGUCGUUUGCUCCUUCUGCAAAUAGGUCUCCAUACUGUGAGGCCAAAUGACCCAGCUAGUUUUACACACACAAUACCUUUGUUUAUCAAGAAAACAGGCGCACAAGCCCACUUAAAAAAAAAAAGUGUGACCUCAACUUACUGAGUUAAUGUUAUCAGAGACCUCUGUGUCUUAAAUGUGGUAGGUAGUUUCCACAGGAAUUUUUUCCCUCACAAAUUACAGACUUGGUCGAUUUGCACAGGAUUAAAAACACAGAUGUCCUCCACAGUUAUUUUAAAUUAUCACGGUCCCUCCAGAUAAUACUGAUCCCAAGUGGAUAGGGCUAAAGAAAGGUGCACAUUACAUAGAUGGAAGCACAAGGACUCUGUGUUCUUUUUCCAAAGCAUACGGUUUCCUCAGUUUUUACUCGCAGCAUAACUCAGAUUAGUAGAACCUGUAACAAAAAAUGGAUGGAAAGCUGGAGCUGCUCUGCAAAACUUUUGUCUGUUUGACUGAAUUAAAUGGUUAAAAAAACAGCAGCACUGUGUGUGCUUGAGUGGCUGUUCAGUCUUAAAUCUCCUUCACAGUCAUGACACGAAUCUUUGCAAAUGUUGCUAUUAGCUUUCUAGUUCACGGUCAAAUUUGAGAUCCUCUGUAAACAGACUUGCCACUCAGUGUGUUAUUCUGUUUCCAUUAUUUCAACAAUGCUGAGACAUGGGCGGUUCUAACAUCUCUCUCUGUGUCUCGUUCAGCCCCCUCGCUCAGCCCACCCCCACGUUCGGUUCUCCUGUUUGGACGCAGAGCCGAUGGUGAUUGACAAGGUUCCCUUCGAUAAGUACGAGCUGGAGCCCUCGCCUCUCACUCAGUACAUCCUGGAGAGGAAGUCCCCACACACCUGCUGGCAGGUACAUUACCAUCAAACACGUGACACGACGUUCAAACAUCCUAAACAUCCAGUAGUCUGAUGGUAGUUUAUGUCACACAGCUGCAUGUGGGAACUUGAGUUUUUCACAAUUUCACACCCUGAGUGAAGUGAUUAUAAAAAAACAUCCAAAAUAUUCCAGUGACUGUUCAGCAUCUGGCAUGUGCUAAACAGUGACUGAAUCUAAUUAGUACACUGGCAUAAAAUGCUGUAUUCAUACGGUGUUGAAAUGAGAGGAAAAUGAGUUCUCAGCACAGAAAAUAUAUUAAAUACUUAAUAUGUAUAAAACUGUUUCCCACAGAGUGACGACACUGACAUUUGCAACAAUUACAGGGCAUCACUUUUAAAUAGAGAGAUGAGACAGUUUAUUAAUGUAUUUAUGAAACUCAAGCUAAAGCAUGAACUCUCUACAGUCAUCCCCACCUUUGCACAGAAACAUACUUUACCUCUCCUUUUUUAGAGCUUUUCUUCCACAACACAUCCACAACCAAAAUUUGCAUAAAACAUUAAAAUUAAAGUGUAAAAUUAAAUGGUACCUCUAAAUGGAAAAAGAUUAAAACAGAUGUAUAAAUACACAUUUUACACCCAUACUUGUAUGCAAAUAAAUACCCACAUACAGUUUGUAUAUAUAUUCAUAUCUAUAUGGACAAAAAAAUUAUAGACUAUAACACAGAGACUUAAGAAUUCUUGUUCUGAGUCUUCCUUCUGUAGAAGCUCUUUUAUAUCUCCAUGUUUUGUCUUUAAACAAUAAUAGAAGUUAUUCUCUCUGUUGAUAUGCAGUCUGUCAUAUUUUUAAUCCAGGCACCGACUUUUUCCAGCUGAGAGCUAUCAUUCAUUUAUCCCGUAGCAAAUCAAAGUUGAUAAAUAUAUAUUCUUUGGUUCUUAGGCUGAGAUUUGUUGGAUAGAGAUGGUUUAUUUUUAACAUAACACAUUGUACCUCAGUCAUUAACAGGAGGGAUGUCCUGUAGGACCUCUCUCUUCCUCUGGGAUCACCUGCAGAGUAUGUGUCAGGAGCUGCAGUUUAUCAGAAGCAAAGAGCAGGAAACAAUGAGAUUUCUUCUACUCAAUCUUUAAUUGAUAUAAAAAAAGAAAAUUGUAUACAUGGUGAGCAAAUACGAAUAAUACCUGGUCGGCAACAGAAAAGCACAAGUCCAAAACAACAACAAACGGCCUCAGAAAGCACAUCUAACAUUUUAACUAAAGAAGGCUCAUGAAAAACAGCUGCAGUGAUUGUGAAUUUGUGAACAAUUGUGAGGCUUUUCAAUGAUGUAUGCUAAAAUGCUAACUCAUCUCAUGCUACCCAUCAAAAGUAGCACAGCAGCUGCUCAAAGGCCUGCUGGGCUCAGUCUGAUCCGAAGCUGAGAUAUGUAUUUGUUUUGAUUUCUUUUUCCUUGCUCUACUUCACCCCACUGACUUAACUCUACAUUUUAGUACCUCUUAUCAAGCCAUGGAGACAAACAACGAGUUUAUUUCUUUACAUCCUCAGGGGCUGCGUGCUUGUCUGUUAACUUUGAGGCACAUUUUUGUCUACCUCGUCAUGCAAGUGUUUAAAAACAGAAAUGGAAAUUCAUGUUGCAGUAAGAAACGCACAUCUUUCACAAGCUGUGUCCCAUUUAGCCAAAUUGAAAGUCUGACAGAGAUUAGUCGAGGUGAAAAUGUGUCCCAGAGGGAGUGCUGAGAGUGCACUCUACUUUUAGAAGAAGUUCAAACUCUUGAGCAUGAGAGGUUAUCAGAUAUGACUGAUGCUCAGCCUUGUUAAAAGGUGCUGUUUUAAAGUUUGAAUAAAGUUUUCUAAUCUAAUCUGUUUGCAGUCGUAUACCAGUGAACUGAGCACAUGUAAACAGCAGCCUGUUGAUUCACUCAACAAAAUCAUGUCUUGUUUAUAUUUUGCUGCUUUUUAGGUGUUUGUAUCUAACAGUGCCAAGUACAGUGACCUGGGCCAACCCUUUGGCUACCUGAAGGCCAGCACAGCGCUGAACUGUGUCAACCUGUUUGUGAUGCCCUACAACUACCCCGUUCUUCUGCCACUUCUGGGUACGUUUAUUUGACUCAUAAAUCUUGUUUUCCAGACAUGGGAAUGAUCAUUAAACAGACUCUGAAGAGGGUAACCAGGAUUGCACAGUAUUGAUAUCUGCAUAGCCCUGUUAUCAGACAAUAAAAGUGUAAAGUUGAUUAUGAGUAUCAGCAUAUAUGAGAAUUACUGCUACCAUGUUUGGCCAAUCAGGCAACGGCAGCGCUGUUGAAGUGCCUGGAAGUGUCGUAAACAGACAGCAAACUAGUUUUUUGCACAAUAUGAGAAAAAAUGUACCUCCAAUUUAAAUUUUUCAUUAUUUUUGUGUAAUCGAGCACAUGAUGUAAAAAAAAAAAAGAAUUACUUUUUUGCAUGUGAAAACUUGUGUUUUCUUUUUGCUUAUUCCAGAUGACUUGAUCAAAGUGCACAAAUUCAAGCCGACCUUAAAGUGGCGACAGUCCUUCGAGAACUACCUGAAGACGAUGCCUCCGUAUUACAUCGGGGUCAGUUGAAAUGGCGUCGCUUUUCAACUCAUCAAGUCCUUGUUUUUCAUCUUGAUUUAAUCAGAGGACAUCAAUUCUGCUCGUUUUUUAACACCGUGUUCCUCUCUCACAGUCCCUGAGGAAGGCUCUGAGGAUUAUGGGAGCACCGAACCUGCUGGCAGACAACAUGGAGUACGGUCUGAGCUACAGUGUGGUGUCUUAUCUGAAGAAACUCAGCCAACAGGUUCGACCCCCUCUGUCUGACUGAGUUUGUUGUUUUAGUUUGGACUAGUUUCUGGACUGCAUUUCCCUGAAAACUAAAUCUCCCUAAGUAGUCUCCAAAUGUACUAUUGACUUUUUUUUUAAGCACUUUAGCAAAAGUUUGUGUAGUGCCACAACUAUUAAUUAAUCAUUACUCGUUUGUUAAUCAUUUUAGUAAUUUUGCGGAAUAAAUACUUAAUUUCUAAAGUCAAUUUUUUACACUUGAACCAGCAAAUUAAGCUUCCAGCUUUUGUUGUCGUAUUUGGAUGCUUGAAUCUCUUGUGUUUUUAUUGUUUUGAUUCAUCAUAAUAAAGAUUUGGUGUUAUAUUUAAUGCAUUUUAACUGUGUUCACUUUUCCAGUCCAAAAUCGAGUACGACCGCCUGAUCGCCUUGAUUGGUAAGAAGCCCCCACCGGAGGCUGGCAUGAAGGUGCGGUGGCGAGGGGGAGGGAUAUCUCUGGCCCAGCGGAGAGACUUCAUCCAGCAGCUGCAGAGUCUCUCAGGAGAUGCUCCCCCUAUGCCCUUGGAGCUCAACCCCAAAGAGUUUCAGGGCUUCCAGCUGGCAUUGCUCAACAAGGUAAAUCAAAUAUUUAUACAGGAACUUUCUAGUCUAUCAUGAAUACAGACACUACUGCGGUUUAUUUGAUUGGACAGGUGAUGUUUAUCUUAAAGGACACCUGCUGUACUCAUUCUCACCUUUCAUUAUGUCAGGCUAAAGAGUGGCUUUCCAUGAUUGGCAGCUCAAAAUACAUCAUUUCAGCACUCAGCCUGCAGCUCUUCCUUUUCCACUGAUAUAAAGUUAGACUCAGUUUGUGGGUGUUACUUUUUACACAGCUUCAUAGUCAGUGAAUGUGCGUCCCUUUAGACAAAAGUGUCCACUGAAUUAAACUCAACAUUGAAACCCUGUAAAAAGUUAGAGAAAAUAUCUAAAGCUAUCUGUCAGCUACUAUGUUAACACCACAUUCAGCUCUUUAGCAGACAUUUCCUGCUGUAACAGGACACUGUGACAUUAUAUGUUUGUAUGAGAGUAAAGAUCAGAGUAGCAGGUUGUCUUUAAGAUCAAGUUUUCUUAUUCAGACUUUCCCUGCCAUCUUGGCUUGUUUUUUAACCCUCUGAAGAAUUAGUGGAGAUGAUUAAUGUCCUUAUUCGAAAGUUUCCACUCUACAUUUACUCUCUCAUUACCUAAGCACUGCAGUUUUUCACCAGAAAACCAUCCUUCUACCCCCCAAAACUCCCAUCUCUUGCUUUACAAUCCUCCAUCUCCUUGAUCCUUAUCAGGGUCUGAAGCCGCAGAGCUUCAGGAAUCCUUACGACAUCCCCCGCAGCCACCUACUGGACCAGCUCAGCAGGAUGAGAAGAAACCUGCUCAACACCAGCGUCUGUAGUCUCAGAGGGCAGGACUCAGGUUAGCCUGUUUCAAACACUCAAUGUGCUCUGUUUAUUCUCCUUACCGUACCCAAAGACAAACUUAACCUGAAAAUGAUGGUUUCUCGCCAGUCCUUGAGAGGCAAAUUGUAAAAUUCUCCUUCCUCAUUGGUGCUUUUUCCUGUCUCCCAUCCAGAUCAGCUCCACAGUGUGCCAAUAGCCCAGAUGGGAAACUAUCAAGACUUCCUCAAAGCUGCUCCUCAGCCUCUUCGAGACGCAGAUCCUGAACAGCCCAAACGUCUGCACACAUUUGGCAACCCCUUCAAACUCGACAAGAAGGUGCUGCCUCAUAACAACACAAACGCUGAAACAGGAUGAUCAAAAAUCGACGUCAAAAAGACAAACUGACCGUCCUCAUCGUCUCUAUUUUUUCAGGGCAUGAUGAUCGACGAGGCGGAUGAGUUUGUGACCGGCCCUCAGAACAAAGGGAAGAGGCCUGGAGACAGCAACAACAUGACGGGGGGAGGGCCAAAAAGACGACGCUGUAUGUCCCCUCUGCUGCGUCUGGGACGGGCAUACACGCCUCCUGUCACGCCACCUGCCAGCCCUCGACCAGGUGAGAAAAGUGUUGAGACACAUUUAAUCAUGUUAUUGUUUUUUUUCUUUUAAAUUUAUCAAUUAAGUUCCACAGAAAACUUUCCUUCUUGAACAGAAGAGGACACUAACGCUGUGAUUUAGAAAACAAACACCUUUUAUUCUUACAUGUGUUUGUAACUCUCUUAUCCUGCAGACAUAGACAUGACCGAUGGAGCGCCUGAACCGGACCUGAUCAUAAACCACCUGAAUGAGAACCACUACAGCUCAGACUCAGACUCGGACCAGCCGUCAGGGCCGGCAGACCACGAGGAGAACCACACAUCAGCAGACCUCCAGGACCUGCGGCACAGAGACGAGGAGGAGAACGGGCAACUCCAGGCGGGCGAGCUGCUCCCGGGGAGUGAAGGAGGAGCGGAGGUGUUGCUGCUGGAGGACCAGCCCCCUCGCUACCUGUCACCCACAGCUCUGAAGAAGCACAUUCACACGGAGACGACAAAGGUCAACAACGAGCUGAGGACGCUCAUCACCAAGGAGAUCAGGAAACCUGGCAGGCGUAUGUAGCUGAAAAUGAUAUCUUUGAAUAGAAAGAGCUAAAUGAGGGUCUGAAAUAAACUUUUUGGUUCACCAGCUGAGGUAGCAGGCUGAUUAAGACGUUCACCAGCCGAGCAUCUUUCUUACCAACAUGACAAAUUGGGUUUUAGUGUAACACACAUUUGUAACUUUAUGUUUUCAUAAUGUAAUGACUUAUUGAACACAAACUGAAAGAGCGAAAAUUGAAGUUAAAUUUCUAUUUUUGAUUCACAGUGAAUAUAGAGUCUUGUUGCAACCAGGCAGCCAUUGUGAUAGUUAACAGUUUUUAAUGAAAGGCACAAACAUCUACAGGUUAUGAGGCUUGUAGCUCUCUAAAACUUACUUGGAUGUUAACUCUGAAUCCUGGAAUAGCUGUCAGAUAUCAAAGCAUCAAAUAUUUGACUUUAAAAAACAUGUAUUUUUGUUGUUUGCUUGCUCCUGUUUCUGUUUAGAGAAGGAAUCCUGUCUUUACCUGGUUUUACAAACACAGCAGUUAAAUUUCUCCUUUCUGUUUUAGACUAUGAGAAGAUCUUCCUCCUCCUGAAACAGAUCCAAGGCACGUUGGACACCCGGCUCAUCUUCCUCCAAAAUAUUAUCAAAGAGGCGGCCAGGUACAGGAUUUCACCAUCACUCUCUGGUGUCGUCGCUUUUAUGAGCUCGCUGUUUAAGUUAAGAAUAACCUGGGAACAGAAACAUCCAUUUUUCUUGUUUAUGAUCCUUCAGCUUUUAGUAGUUCUAGGAUAACAGCACCUCAAUGAGUUAGAAAUAGAAGCACAGUUAUAUACGUACUCGUCAGAAAAUCAAAACUCCUCAACUGUACGGUUGAGACAGUCCAUGAAUUUCUCAGAAGUUCACCUAAACCUCUAUAAAAUUUUGUGUAUAAAAUGCACUUUAAAUACUUUUUUUGUCGUCUAAAAAAAUCACCUCUGUACUAUAACCCAGAGUGACUAACUACAAGUGUUAAACAGGGAGAGGUUUUUUAUUGUGUUGCUGCAUUUUGUCCAGAAGAUGGUGCUUGUAAAAGCAAGUGGCCGCUACACUGCCUAAGGCGUGCACUGCGAGGUAGACCCACUUUCUAAGGCUGUACUAGUAAGAAAAAACCUUUUGUGGGUGCUGGUGUGUAAAUGAAAACCUCCUUGAGUGACCAGUGGGAGUGGGUGGCGCCAGACCUUGCAAACUGGCAAGAGGCUGUUGAUCCCCACAAAUAUUGGCACUACUGGAGGCUGAGCUAGACUAUCAAACAGGGAGUUGACAGGGUGGUGAUAGAAAGAGCUACACAUCUGCAUCUGCACUGCACAUUGCUGAACACACUUGUAAUUUUCACACUGGAUAACAGAGAGACCCCCAAAACAGACAGUGUGCAACUCAUAUUUUAAAUUUGACAGCAUUUUUUCAUAGUUACCUUUAUUUUACUAAGACGCUCAGAGUUUGUAAGAAUUUUCCCGAGUCAUUUUGUGCAGCUGAAGUUGAAUUUAAGCAAAUUGUAACUUCUUGAAUGUUGUCUUCAAAGGUUUAAGAAGCGCGUUCUCAUCGAACAGUUAGAAAACUUCCUGGAGGAGAUCCACAACAGAUCAAUGAACCUGAACCACGUGGACACGCUCUGAGACCGGUUUAUUCCUGAACUUAACUGAACUGAUAAUGAACCCGACAACUCUCCACAUCCUUCAAAACCCCCUCUUCCUCCUGUACCAGGACCCACACACAAAGACCAGACAAGACAGCAUCCGGGACCGGAAACGAUCAGCUCUUCAGUGGACUCCACGCUGUAUUUGAACCUUGAUGAUGGUCUGGUUGGCUUGCACACGGUACAAACUUAAAGACAGUAUUGACCCGGGAUGAUGCAAACUCUAUAAGGGGAAUGAGAAAGCUGCUAAAGGUGAAGUGUUAAAGGUUUGUGAAAUUUGUUCUCAGGCAUUCCUCUUCAUUUUUCUCCUCCCCGAUUAGAUUUUCUGCUUUUUAAAGAAGAAGAAAUUAUAAUUAGCGGAGUAAGCGGAGAGAGUGCAGGACUGUUCCUGGGCGUCGAGUCGUGUUUUGAUUGUGAAGAUGAUUGUAACAGUGUAGGAGAGGGUUCAGGUGUGUUUUCAGCCAACUCAGGGUCAAAGAGGAUCCAACGAUAAUUCUUCUGAAUCACUUUUCUUCCCCUCGUGUCUUUCAUUCACUUUUUUCCUCAUUGUGGUUCCAUGUUUCUGACGUUUUUGUCCUGUGGGAGGAUGAGAGUUCGUUGUUCUGUUUUGAAAUUUUACUUUCUACACUCCACUAACUGAAGCACUCCAAUGCCGUGCUCUUAAAAAGGUAUGACGUAGCUCAAGUAUUAAACAUGUCAACUUGUGGUUAACCUUACCAAACUGACAGUUAAUAUAACUGAGUAGUACUUAACAUGUUGUGAACUUUGUUCCCCUUUUGGGAAACAAUCGGAUUCAGUUUUCUUUGCACCUGGAGAUGGUUAACUUAAAAUUCUGCUUUCAGAGCCAUCGACGCCAGAUGAAAUGUUUGAAUGAUGUGAUAUCAUUGGCUUACAAAUGUUGUAAUACAGGGAGAAAAAGCUCAGGAACUCACACAAAUGCAUCUUGAUCAGCAAUAACAUUGGAGACACUUUGCCCGUCAUUUUUAUCAAAGUUUUGGCCUGAUAAAAGCUGAAAUGAAACACAAAUUCUCUCCUGUGUCGAUGAAGAAACCGAGGUCUCGGAUGCCAGCUUGUCCUAACGUGCUGGUCGCUGCCAAAUAACAAACCCACCCCCUUAAAAAACCCCUCCUCCUCCUCCUCCUCCUCCGCCAUGAAUCUCAAACCAACCUCUUGUCACUUAACCGCGAAUGCACUUGUGUAAAUUUGAGAAUAUUUAUUUAAUCUAAUUUAAAAGAGAAGCUACCUUUUGUUGUGGAUUUUUUUCCUCCAACAAUUCUUCAUAUUUUUUUUGCCAGACUUGUUCGAUUUUCUCAAAUCUACACAAAUAAUCAGAAUUGAGGUCAAAAGGUCAAGAGUUGAUUUCUGAUUCGGGGGGGCAGCCCUCUUCUGUUCCCUCCCUCCUCGGACAGGGACCAAAAUCUGCCAUACUUGUCUUUGUUUGUGAAGAGGCCGCUACCAAAAGAGUAUUUUGAAUACACUGUAAAGAUGUAAAUAACCCUAGAGUACUAUUUAAAGAGAAUGUUCAGUGGAAAAUGGCCUUUUUGUAAGUAUUUCCAUGAAUAAAGUUUCUAUUUUACACUGUGAAGGGCCAUGUAAAUAAAGUGUUCUGUAAACAUGAGACUCAACGUGUUUUUGUUGCUGAUUUUAACCACACAAAAAGGACCAAAACGCCCUCAGUGUAAAAACAUGUAUUAAAAUUUUAUUUACAGACAUGUACAAAAAUAUUGUCCCUCUUCCUGAAGUGUCCGCGGACCCUCCUGUUGGUCCACAAAAUAAAUACCAGAAAUGAAAUAGGGGUCGGGGUAGAAGUGUGUGUGGGUGUGAGAGGUGUCGGGUGUUUGAGUCUUAGGAUGCUUGGUCCGCUGGGUUCAUCACUCGGCCCAUGAACAAGAUGGAUCCUGAAAAGGGGAACAGAAAAUGCAAAUAUGUAAAAGGCACAAAGUAAAAAUGAAGAUGGUUUCAACAUCCUCUUUCCCUUUUUUAGCCUGUCAGAGAAAAGAUGGUUAAAAAUGCAGUGCUGAGAUGUAUUUAGCCAAUUUAGAGAGUAGUAUGUGUCUGUAGAUCUAAAGGCUGCAGAUCAGAUCUGCAUGUCUCAUUUUCAGAUUCUUGCAACUUUAACUUUGACCCGUCCUUCAACCAAAACAGUCACAAAAACCAUGAGCACUAGAGUGAAGCUGCAGCCUCCUCCCCUGCAGACAGAUUAGAAUUUAAGAGUGAGAGACGGGUGGAUGUAGCGUGUUAGUUUUUAUACCACCACUAGAGGUCUCCAAAAUCAAGUUAAAAUCAUCUAAACAAAAUACAGCAACCAACAUCACCAUAAAGCAUGUUAGUUUACAUGAUGGCUAUUUUCUGCAUCUCAGACUGUGGUUGGUUCCACUUAAUUGUUUUGUGGUGUGAAAAUCAUUAAAGUAUUUGAGGUUUUGCUGACAGUUUGAUUAAAAGAAAAAAAAAAGUUUCACUUAAGAUUUGCUGUAAAACAUUUUAGAAGUUCAUUUAAGGCCCCUGUGAGGCGUUUUUAGCUGGUUGUGAAAUUGACAAAAAUGACCAGUGAGGCCUCUUUAUGACUUACAAAAGCAAACAAGAGCAUUAGCAUGAAGAUUUACAGCUCCUAUAUUGUAAUUUUGUAAUCACUAACAGGUGCAAGGGGGUAGUUUUAGAAGAAGCCAUUUACAAUAUGACACAGAGACACUUUUAUUGACUUUUUUAGUGGUAAAUAUUUAAAUCUGGCUGUUUAAAGGAAGACAAGUUUUUUUCUGUAGGAGCCAGUUUGAUGCAUGUAUGACUUCGAUACUAACCUGUGUUAAUUUGUCGUAGUAGAAAUAAGAACGGCCGGUCCGCUUUGAAGACCGGAGCACGAGAUCGUUUAAGUAGCACCAUAGCUGCAAAAGGAAGAAAUUAUUCUUGAUUGCUUCAUUCCAACAAAGCCAUAAGUAUUCAUCCUUUAAUCGAAUUGAAGUGUGUUUCUCACCUGUAGCAGCAGCUGCCUUUGUCCCAUCUUCAGUCACUUCUAUCCUCACUUCAUGAAAAGCAUCAGACACAUAAAGACUCUCCUCCACUGCAGGAAAAACAAAAUAUGUAGUCAGCUGCCAGCAGAGCUCGAAUAACCACAGUAUCAACCUCAGCAGGAGGUAGAUUUCACUUCUUUCACUGACCUGAUAUUCCAGUGAAAUCUGCCGCCGAGGGGUUAAAGGCAUCACUAAUGCCCAUUGCAGGAAGCACAGACCUCAGGUUGAAUUUGUUCUGCAUUUUAAAUCUGUUAACAGAAAACAUAAUAUUAGUCUGUACAUCAUUUCUAUUCAGGGUCAAUCAAAAUGAAAAUACGCUCAAAGUCUGAUCCUCAAAAUCUCCCCACAGAGUGCCUGAUCUUAACCUGGGCAGGAAGAUGUCCAUCUUGGUUCUGCGCAGGCCGGUGUUCCAGGAGGUUAGGUGGCGAGCGGUGAGCUGAGACUCGAUGGAGGACAGCGGCGUCUUCCUCUCGCUGGGCAGGAUCACCUGCAGGCUCAGGGAGCGAUCCAGGUAUGGCAGCUCCAGCACCGUGUAACGCUGAUCCAACGCCGUCCUGAACUGACCUGACGAUUAAAGCAAAGUCAUCAGAUAUGUAGCAGCAGGUGGUAGCUUUGAUACUAUAAACAUCAUAUUUUAUGUCUCUGUGCAGGUAAGCUAGUCUGUAAAGAAGAGUUAAAAACCAGCACAAGACACAAAUUUUUCGUUUUUAUAAUAAAAAUUAACUUUAUUACAAGAUACAACUGUUAGCAGAAUUAUUCCAGCACUAAACUGAAUAUUUGACUAGAGAAGAAGGUCUAAAUAGAUGAAUCGCUGUUUUUUUCUUACCGAAGCUGACCUCUGUCGCCUGGUACAUCAUGGGCACCUUGAUGGCGGUCCCAUCAGAGAGGAUAAAGGGCAGGUUCUGCGUGUUGGUGAACAAGAACUGUUUUUGCCAGACGCCCCUGAACGACACCUUGUUGACCAGAGCCAUCUGCAGUCGGUUGCCCCACCACAGAGCCUCCACCUGGGGCUCACCUGACCCUGACAGCUCCCCGCUGCUGCUCCCUGACUGGAUGAGCAUCUCAUCUGAGAGGUAACAAGGAAGGGGCGAAGGUAAUUAUUUUUGUAAAAGGUUUGUAUUUUUCAGCAUCAGAGGCACAGACUAGAGAGUAGAGAUACUUGAAAUGCAGCUGUUAGUCUUUACAGUUCUCUUUAGCAUUAAUGAAUGUUACGGAGAUGGGAUCAAUAGCUGUACAUAUAUAUGGACCACAUACUUUCGUCUCUUCCCAUUGUAAGACAAAUGAAGCCAACAUACUGAAUAGAUGAGGGUCAACAUGUUGCACGAGUAACAUAUUUUUGAGGCAAGGGCAUAUUUCUGUCUGAUGGUGACAAUACACCACUUCUAAUGACCAAGAUACACAUUUAACUCAAAGCUCCUGUAAGGGACUUGUGAUUUGUAUAAAUGUUAGCGCCCCCUGUGGACAAAGCAGUCUAAGAUGAUUUUACAAAAAAAAAAAAAAAAAACACAUCCUGCUUACUUUUCAGAGUGAAAUGAAUCAUUUAUUGUGAAUAUUUUAGGUCAAAACAAAGGUGUUUCAUAAGCUGACACCUACCCUGUCAUACUGGUUUCUAACAUUAAAAACUACGAUAAAAUAAUCACAAUCUAUGUCAGUGUUUGUGACUCUUAAUGCUUAAAUUUUGGCUUCACUUUGAGGGAGCUGUUGUGCCAUCAUUGUUUAUUUGAAGUCUAUGUUUGGGAUCUAUUCACAGCACUAGAAGAUUAUUUCUUGGAUAAGAAAGAUGGAGGAGUACAUCCUCUUUACAUGUUACUUUUUCAGUUUUCUCUAAUCACAGGAAAUACACAUAUUACAAAACAAAAUUACUUUUUAGGGUGGGAAAAUAAUCUGACUUCCCUGCUUGUUAGCAGGUCAAAUCAGAGAAACCACUUCACCCAGCAAUGAAAACUAUUCCUUGUUUCUGUUUCUCAAUGCUCUGCUGUGUUCAUCAGCUUGAGGCUAAUUUAGCCUUUCUGUUUAGUCAUGGGCUGGUAGUUAAAAGCUGGUUUAUUAGUUUGUUUACUGGAAAAAGCUGCUGCUUGUGAAAUCAAGUUGACAUGAGUAGUGAAACUAAACAAACUACAGGGUGAAAUCACAGGGGAUGACACCCAUAAUGCUUUUGAAACCACAGUGCAAAUAUGCUAGUUAAGGUUUCCAGGUGCCUGAAGAGUCAGUCUGUUUCAGUUUGUCCCACUGUUACGUCCAGCUGCAUCAAAAACUACACAAUCAUGUCUCAAAUUGGACCUUUUUCUCUUGUCUAAAAGACACUAAAAAAAAAAAGUCUACCUUCCAAAUUUUUUUUUACUGAACUUACUCACACUGAUUUCAUAUUUCAUCCAGUCUGUGUAAUGAUAUGUAGAGUAUAUAAUUGUGUAAAAAUCACCUUGCUCACCGUGGUUGUGUCCCACUCGCUCCGGCUGGCUGCUGCGGCUGUUGGUCGGCUGGCUGAAGUUGGCUCUGACCACGCUGGUGUUGGCCCAGGCUGCUGCGUGUUGUGUGAACUGCGUGAGGAGUUGGACCCCGCUCUGUACGAAUAAUGUGCAGGUCUGCUGCAGCCACAUCCCCUGGCUGGUGUUGCUCUCAUCAAUCUGCGAGUGCAUCAGGAAGUCGUGUACUUGGGCGUCUGCACGGUGAGAACACAGGAAGGGUCAGGCAUGUUACAAGCUAUUAAAAGACUUUUAAAAGGAGAAAACUGUGCAGGAAAUGAGCGGUGUUAUCUUGAAAAUAAAAAAUAACAAAACAAACUGUUUAUUUCUUGGAUGUUGUUUGGAGGCAGUUUUUGUAACUAUCAUCUGCUUUGCUGUCAGCACAUUCAGACACGGUUAAUUUCACAACCUAGAAAAACUUUCUAUAACAAAGGGAUCUUUGCUAAAAUGAAUUCCUCUCUGCAGCCCCAAGCUAAUUUUUGCCGCAAAUUUAGUGAAUUUGCAACAUUUCCCUGCAGGACUGAGCACAAACAAACAAUCAUUUGAUUUAAUUUAACUCUGCCUAACAGAUUUUUUCAGGCUGGUGAGCACUGCAGCGCACGGGGAGCUUUUCAAUUUCAUACAAAAUUGUACAAACAGGAUCAGAGACAGAUUCUUUACCAACAGCACAGAGGCGAUUGGAAACAGUCAGUUGUUGCUCGGAUUUCUUUAAUGUGUAAGCUUUUUUUCUAUUCUGUCUCCUGCUGUCUGGACAUUAAGGAUUAGCAGAUUUCUACUGCAAAAACUAUAUUACUAUUGAAUUUUCUUUGCCUUUGCACUUUUAUGCUUCUUACUGACCUAAGUCAUUGAUUCAUUAAGGAUAUUUAUCAUUUAGAAAUAGCAGUGCUGUCAUUUUUUAAAACAUGGCAGCAAGGAUUAGGAUUAGUAUUAUGAGGCCAGGUGGUGUCAUGCAUUCAGGACAGGCCAUCCUCUUCAAUGUGUUUUACAGUAACAUGAUUUUAAAAAUGAUAAAUAGACAAAUAUAAAUAAAAAUGACAAAUAUUGUUUCUUUGAUUCUUGGUUAUUGUAUUGUAGUUCAGCAACACUAUUCUAUCCUGCUAUCCUGCCAGCAACCCGAUCUGACUGGAUAAAUGUCACAAGAGUAACGGCCAAUCAACACUAAAGCCUGGGUGCCACUGUCAAGCACAGAAAAGUGGUUGGAUGUUCCAGUUUCAAAGUCAUGAGUUGGAGUUUUAAGUACGUUGAAUUCUAAAUUUUGACAGAAAGAUUUUAAUUUUCACUAAAUAUAUAUUGGGUUCUAAUACUGGUCAUCAGCCUCUUAAACCGGUAAUGAUUGGUAAUGGUAUCGGCCCUAAUAUUGGUUGAGUGCCACGACAACCAUGAGCCUGAAAACUCUUUGAAACCAGCGGGUGAUAUCACUGGCACAGUUCCCCCUUAUUUUACACAGUCUAUUAUUGCUUACUUCAAACUGAGCAUUUUCAUUGAUGGUGAAGUGAAACGAGGCGACCAGGUCCACAUGGAUCAGUGCCACUCCUGAUGGAGUUUUCUGCCUCAUCACUUUUAGAGUCUAUGACGUUUUGGUUUCCAUUUAAAAGUCCUUCAAUGCAGCUGUAACCCAUUCCUUGUUCUAUUUGGUGCUGACCUCAUCUGUCAUUUUUGAUUUCCAGGCUUUCUUUUACCCUCUACUAUUGUAUCUUUAACCUCUUCAGCCUUUUUUAGACUUUUUUGCCCUCUUUUCUCUCUGUUAACCAAUUAGAGGAUUUAAAAAACUCUAGGAGUAUGAAUUUAAAUAAACUGUUGUCAAAUUUACUGAAUUCUGUCUGAGCUGCAACCUUAGCUGCACUCUGUCAUUAAGAAAAAGAAGACCACAGACUGUAUAAAACAUGGACAUAGUUUCUGCCCCUAAAGCCACGCCCUGGUUUCUGAAACAGAGUUUUGUAGCCUACUUGAAAUGCUGACUAAACUGAACUUUUGGUUCUCCUUGCAAAACACAAAAACAGUGGAGUUCAGGCCAGACUAGCCAACAUGCUAACAGCUAAUGUGCCUUCCUGACAGUAAAGUUAGCUUGGUCUCUAAUUAUGCCAAACUCCGUCCUAACCUUCAUAUCUUCCACACAAAUUAACAACAGAGAAAUGAGUGCCUCAGACCAAAAUCAUUCCUUGUACUAGCUUAUAAACAUGUUUAUUUUUGCUGCAAGGAUGGGCUUUGUUACAAUGAGUGUGUAUGUGGUUUCUGGUGUUUUUGCAGCCUGCCUCAAGUGGCCACUCAAGGAACUGCAGUUUUUCACACUUUCACAACGGCUUCAUUGCUCAAAACUGGUGACAGCUGCAUGAUAACUUAGAAAUGAAUGCAAAGCUUUCCUUUUAAAGCUGAUGCAAAUGGUUUUCAUAUGAAAGAUGACGUAUCAUAUGAAGUUAAUUUCAUGUCCUCAGUCUCCUCUGCUGAUGGAUAUUUGAGGUAACAUUAUGAAACAAACAGCAGCUGCCUCUCUUAUUUUGUUUGUAAUGAAACACAGUGACCUCUCGACCCCAAGGCCGAGCUGCA